CCCUUCUAAAGAGAGCCAGGAUAUACCAUUGGACGUAUAAACCACUCUUGAUUUUUAAUGCAUGUGCUGACCGCGUGGGAGCCUUUUCAUUAAUUUGUGUCGUUGAUUGUUCAAACCCUUAUCAGGGUUCUUUCAUGUCCAGUGGAUAUAAAAAGCCAGAGAAUUUCAGGUCUUCACUACUAUCUUUAGCUCUGAUCUUUGGCUUCAUGAACUAAAUAGCACUUUUUUUUUCUUUUCUUUUAGCCCAUUAUCCCAUUUUGAUGGCUUUCUUGAUGCGUAUGUUGUUGAGAAAACAAGAUGCUGGCAUUUUUAUUGGCAGUGUCCUCUGCUGGUUGCUGCUUAGUUGUGGUUUCAGCUUUGGUGUUGAGAGUGAUAUCAACUGCUUAAAAAGUAUAAAAGCAUCACUUCAGGACACUUUAGGUUACUUAAACUCUUCCUGGGAUUUCAACAACAACACUGAAGGUUUCAUCUGUAACUUUCUGGGAAUCGAGUGUUGGCACCCUCAUGAGAGCAAAGUUUUAAACAUCAAGCUUUCGGAUUUGGGACUGAAGGGCUCGUUUCCUCGAGGCGUAGAAAAUUGCACAAGCCUAACAGGGUUAGAUCUUUCAAGCAAUCAGCUCAAUGGACCUCUUCCUACUGAUAUCGAUAAAAUCAUUACGUUCAUUACGUCCCUUGAUCUCUCAUCUAACAGCUUCACAGGGCAAAUCCCAAUGAAGCUUUCCAAUUGCAGCUAUCUGAAUGUGCUUAAGCUUGACAACAACAAGUUCUCGGGUAUCAUUCCUCCAGAACUUGGCCAGCUUACUAGGAUUAAAACAUUUAGUGUGGCCAACAAUCAGCUGUCUGGCCAAGUCCCAACCUUUAGUAAUAAUGCAUCAAUUACAGCGGACUCUUACGCAAACAAUCCUGGACUCUGUGGGGGGCCUCUGAAGCAGUGCCAGGGGUCUGCAAAGAAGUCUAACAGUGUAGUUAUUGUGGGAGCUGGUGUUGGUGGUGCAACUUUUGCAGCAUUAAUUGUUGUUAUUGGCUUGUUCUUCUUUAUGCGUAGAGUGUCUGCAAGGAAGAAGGAAGAGGAUCCGGAAGGGAACAAAUGGGCAAAGAGUUUCAAGAAAACUAAAGGCUAA